AUGCAGCAAUCCGGCUUUCGUUCGGCACCUGUUUCAAAAGCGUUCCUCUUUACUCUGGUCGCAACUUCUCUUUUGGCCUCAAUCGUUGACGUCAAGCAUUACUUCCAUAUCCAAAUUGUACCACACCUCUGGGUCUAUAGGCAGUUAUGGCGUGUAUUGAUAUGGCAGACAUGCUAUGCCAACGCCGGUGAGCUCUUGUUCGCCUCCCUAGUAAUCUAUCACCUCCGUACCAUCGAGCGCCUUUUCGGCACGCGCAAAUUCUCCUCCUUUCUUGUCUACUCCUUCAUUGCAACUUCGGUCAUAGCACCUAUUCUCCUUGCACUCCUCUUCCGGCCCUUCACAGCAUGGCAUAUGAACUAUCUCCCUCCAGGGCCAACACCAAUCAUCUUCGCUGCGCUCGCUCAAUACCACGCCAGCAUUCCUGGGAUCUACAAAUUUAAAUUACUCACUACGAGCUCCUCUGCCGACGGCGAUGCCGAUGCUCCCGGCAUCACAUUGUCUGACAAAUUUUAUGUUUACUUCCUGUCUGCUCAACUGGCACUCUGCCAGCCUCCCGGAUCCAUGCUUUCUGCUGCUGUAGGAUGGGUUGUUGGUUAUGCAUGGAGAAUGGACCUUUUGCCGAAGAGUAAGUGGAGAUUGCCGAGUUGGCUGUUUACAGAUAGCCAAGCUGGUGAAUUUGAAACUUUAAGGAGAAGGUUGAGGGACCAAGACGGAGUAACGACAGGAGCAACCCAGACAGCUGUGCCCACAGCACCAAGACCUUUGGUGAGGCAGGUUUUGGACCAGUUCAGGGGUUCAUUUUAA